AUCUUAGCACGGUGAACUGAGUUGACCAAUGAGAAGGGCGGAUUCUGCUGCCGACAGCGCCGCGACGGAGUCCACUUACUUUUCUGGGAGCUUGGUGCCCAGUAAACUAAACUGUGGAGCAAUCACGGGGGGAAUUGAAUGUCGGUGGACCUCUUUAGUCCUCCCCCCUCCUCUUCGGACACGCCGACAGACUCUAUCGCCCACACGGCUACUGCCCGCCGUCGGUGCCCAGCCAGCGAAGCGGGAACCAUGCCUGUCCCCGCUGGAUACCUCAGCGACUCCCCUGCCGCGGCCUUCGCAUCCUCGGCCUCCCUUAUCCCGCCGCCUCCGAUAAACACCCAGCAGCCCGGUGUUGUCACGUCGCUGCUGUACAGCGGCUCCAAGUUCAGGGGCCACCAGAAGAGCAAAGGGAACUCGUACGACGUGGAGGUUGUUUUGCAGCAUGUCACCAUGGAGGAUUCCUACUUGUGUGGCUACCUGAAGAUAAAAGGACUGACUGAGGAAUACCCGACCCUGACCACGUUCUUCGCGGGAGAGAUCAUCAGCAGGAAGCGGCCAUUUCUCACCCGAAAAUGGGACGCGGAUGAGGACGUGGAUCGCAAGCACUGGGGCAAGUUCCAGGCCUUCUACCAGUAUGCAAAGUCGUUUAACUCGGAUGAUUUCGACUAUGAGGAUCUGAAGAACUCGGACUAUAUUUUCAUGAGGUGGAAGGAGCAGUUCCUCGUCCCCGACCACACAAUCAAAGACAUCAGCGGCGCGUCCUUUGCUGGAUUUUACUACAUCUGCUUCCAGAAAUCCACAGCGACCAUCGAGGGCUACUACUACCACAGGAGCUCUGAAUGGUACCAGUCUCUAAACCUCACCCACGUUCCCGAGCACAGUGCAGCCAUCUAUGAGUUCCGGUGACAUCGGCCAGCAUCGUGGAUCUUUUUUUGUUGAUGGACAUAGAGACUUAAAGCAAAGCCAAGGUCUGCAGAUGCUACUGAGGAGGAGGAGGAGGAGGAGGAGAACAACUAGGGAUGAGAAUUUGGGCUUUUUGGAGAAGUGCAAACUCUUAACGUGUUCCCAACAAGUGGACAGACAGCUGAUUGACCAGUGGACGGGAUACAGGACAAAUGAAUGUAUGUUUGGAUGAGAUAAGAAGAAGAAGGAAAGAAUGAAAGUGCAGCACUGCUCCCAGACUGGAGCUUGUAAAGUUAGAACCAGCAGCAGAGACUGGGCGUGACUCAUAUAGUGUACCCCUUUCUUUUUGUUUUAAUGUCUGGUUUAAAAAAACAAAAAACAAACAAACAAAAAAAAACGCUUGGCGCUGCAUCUCGAGACACUUUAUAAGCUGAGCUGGGAAUCCCCCUCCUCGUCUUGCAACUAGAACCGUUUCCAGCUUUCAUCCAGCCGACGCGACGUGAGCAACAUAAACACAUUUGACUGCGUGUUGGACAAGGAUUCCUCCGAAGGCGUCCGCUCAAACAAACACAUUCUCUAAAGAAGUCUGUGUGGAAGAAGAAGCAAGAGAAGGGUUUUGGGUUCAUGAUUGAUUGGAGCUUUAAUCAGCCCAUAAGCUAGAAUGACAGUAUUUUUUUAAAGCUAAGCUGGUUCUGUGAUCGCCCGCCAAGAGGACAUUUUGUCAUUUUGCUCUAAAUGAUGGAUGCUGAGUGGCACUUUUAAAGGCUGCAAUCAGAGUGACACAUAAAAAAAAGAAAAAAGCGCUUCCCCCCUUUCUGUCCACGCAACUGCUUGGGAGAUUAACACAUGUGAUUGCUGUGUUCUAUUGAGUUACAUUUGCACAAAGAUGGACUUUAUGUUACUAACGCUUGCAGUCAGGAUUUUACACUCACGUGCCCUAAAACACACGAAGCAUCAAGGUGGCGAGUCAAGCAAUUUGACUUGUUUUUUUUAAGGGUUUGACUGUGUGGAGGGGGUUAGAGCCAAAACAAUCACACAAAAGUAUUCAAAAAGAGAGUAUUUUUACCCUGCAUUAAACAAAGAGCUUUUAACUCCCUCAUGUCGUUUUAAAUUAAGAUCCCCCCACUUAUCCCUACAUUUAUGUCCCCUCGACUAUGCAACACUUUCAACAUAGCACUCUCCAGAGCAUAAAAAAAACCUUCAGUUUUCAGAGACAGAAUUUUAUUCUAUCCCUAUAGUAUAUGAGAAAAUAAAAAAGAAAUCUAUCUGCAUUAAAGAAAUAUUUUUGUUAACUUGCCUACGAAGACACUCCCUUGUCAUGUUCCCUUUCCAUGUGAUGGUGCCAUGUUUGUAAAAGCUUAUCAGAGUUGUAUUAUAACAGAUCAGAAGUGUGUUUAUUUGAGAAUAAGCCUGGAUUUGAUUGAUGGUGUGACUGUAACGAAUGGAUAAUGGAUUUUAAAAAAUCAUAUCAAAAAACACCUUUUCACUGUGUGUCUCGUGCUUGUUUGACUGAUAUACCACUUUGUGUUUCGAACAUGUUAAUACCACAGUUAGCAUUAAAGGGGCUCUGUGUACUUUUUGGAGAAGAAAUUCAGACUCCAAAUUUUAAUAUUUACAGUUAUAAUGGGGUAAUAAUACAGAGUCAGAUUUUCAUUUUUUG